ACGGGUCGACCAACUAUAAAUUGGAAAUUAGAAUAUUUUCAGUGUUCUUCUUAGCGUUGGCGUGUGAUAUUAAAAAGUAUUUACAAAAUGAAAAAACCCGUAUUAUACGGAAUGGAUAUCAGUUCAGUGUGCCGAAGUGUUUCUCUAGUGGCCAAAGCGAUAGAUCUUGAUCUAGAAUUUGUUGAAGUGAACCUUUUUGCUGGUGAUCACAAGUCACCGGAAUUUUUGAGAAUGAACCCGCAGCAUACAAUUCCGACCUUGGACGAUAACGGAAAUUUUCUCUGGGAUAGUCAUGCAAUCAUACCCUACCUGGUCCAAACGUACGGCAGAAAUGAUGAUCUGUAUCCACAGGAUGAUAUCUUCAAAAGGGCACGAAUCGAUCAACGUUUACAUUUUGAUAAUGGGAUCCUUUAUGCCCAGCUGCGCAAAGCUGUGACGCCAAUCUUCUUUAAAUUCGGCACUACAAUCCCACAAGAAGUAAUUAUAGAAGUCAAUGCUGCCUAUGAAUUCAUGGAAACGUUUUUGAAGGACGGCCUCUACUUGGUUGGAAAUUCAUUAACCAUUGCGGAUCUAUCCUGUGCAGCAAGUAUAUCGUCCCUCUUUGAGCUUAUUCCUGCUGAAGUUAUCAGAUUUUCCAAGCUGCAUGCUUGGUUCCAACGGAUAAGAGGGCUACCAUAUUACCAUGAGGCAAAUGGGAGAGGUAACACUAAAUAUAUUGCAUUGAUUAGGGAGCUCAGAGAGAAAAACGCAAUGUGCUAGCUUUAGAAUAAGUUAAUAUCGAAUGUGCAUCAUGUCAAAUUCUAGUUUUAAUUUUUU